ACUUGAGAAAAACAAAGUAUUCUUUCUAAAACAUGCAAAUGUGUCUCUCCAUCACCUAGGAAACUAUUAUGGGACACCCAAACCUCCUAGCCAGCCAGUCAGUGGGAAAGUGAUCACGACGGAUGCCUUGCAAAGCCUUCACUCUGGCUCCAAGCAGUCAACCCCAAAGCGAACCAAGUCCUACAAUGAUAUGCAAAAUGCUGGCAUAGUCCACGCGGAGAAUGAGGAAGAGGAUGAUGUUCCUGAAAUGAACAGUAGCUUUACAGCCGAUUCUGGUGACCAAGAAGAGCACAGUCUCCAAGAAGCAACGCUCCCACCUGUGAAUAGUAGCAUCAUCGCUGCUCCCAUCACGGACCCUUCUCAGAAGUUCCCUCAAUACCUACCUCUUUCUGCAGAGGAUAAUUUAGGUCCUCUACCUGAAAACUGGGAGAUGGCCUAUACCGAAAAUGGAGAAGUCUAUUUUAUAGACCACAACACAAAAACAACAUCUUGGUUAGACCCUCGGUGCCUGAACAAGCAGCAGAAGCCUCUGGAAGAGUGUGAAGAUGAUGAAGGGAUCCAUACGGAGGAGCUGGACAGUGAACUAGAACUGCCUGCUGGUUGGGAAAAGAUUGAAGACCCUGUCUAUGGUAUCUACUAUGUAGACCACAUCAACAGGAAGACACAGUAUGAGAACCCGGUUCUAGAAGCCAAACGGAAGAAGCAGUUGGAGCAGCAGCAGCAGCAGCAGCAGCCGCAGCCAGAAGAAUGGACAGAAGAUCAUUCAUCGCUUGUGCCUCCUGCUAUUCCAAACCACCCCCCAAGUAAUCCGGAGCCAGCCAGAGAAGCUCCACUUCAGGGCAAACCCUUUUUUACACGAAACCCUUCAGAGUUGAAAGGCAAAUUCAUUCACACGAAGCUGCGGAAAAGCAGUCGUGGCUUUGGUUUCACAGUCGUUGGAGGGGAUGAACCUGACGAGUUUCUGCAAAUCAAGAGCUUGGUCCUAGAUGGUCCUGCCGCCCUGGAUGGCAAGAUGGAAACAGGAGAUGUGAUUGUGAGCGUGAAUGACACCUGUGUUUUGGGACACACUCAUGCACAAGUUGUGAAAAUCUUCCAGUCCAUUCCCAUUGGUGCCAGCGUGGACCUUGAACUCUGCCGAGGUUAUCCAUUGCCUUUUGACCCAGAUGACCCCAACACAAGUUUAGUGACUUCGGUGGCCAUUUUGGAUAAAGAACCAAUUAUUGUGAAUGGUCAAGAGACCUAUGACUCGCCAGCUAGUCACAGUAGUAAAACAGGCAAAGUCAGCAGUAUGAAGGACGCCAGGCCAAGCAGCCCUGCGGAUGUGGCUUCAAAUGGUUCCCAUGGUUACCCCAAUGACACUGUCUCUUUGGCUUCCUCCAUAGCCACUCAGCCAGAACUCAUAACUGUUCAUAUAGUCAAAGGGCCAAUGGGUUUUGGUUUUACUAUCGCGGACAGUCCUGGGGGUGGCGGCCAAAGAGUGAAACAGAUUGUUGACAGUCCAAGGUGCCGAGGCCUGAAAGAAGGGGAUCUUAUAGUGGAAGUUAAUAAGAAGAAUGUGCAGGCCCUAACUCACAACCAAGUCGUGGAUAUGCUCAUCGAAUGUCCAAAGGGAAGUGAGGUCACAUUAUUGGUGCAACGAGGAGGACUGCCAGUUCCCAAGAAGAGCCCAAAGUCGCAACCACUGGAAAGAAAAGACAGCCAGAAUAGCUCCCAGCAUAGUGUCGCCAGCCACCGAAGCCUGCACACUGCCUCCCCCAGCCACAGCACACAGGUGCUGCCCGAGUUCCCACCCGCCGAGGCCCCGGCUCCAGAUCAGACCGACAAUUCUGGGCAGAAAAAACCAGAUCCUUUUAAAAUCUGGGCCCAGUCCAGGAGCAUGUAUGAAAAUCGACCUAUGUCACCUUCGCCUGCAUCGGGAUUGAGCAAGGGUGAAAGAGAGAGAGAAAUCAAUUCCACGAAUUUUGGAGAAUGUCAGAUUCCAGAUUAUCAAGAACAGGACAUCUUCCUCUGGAGAAAAGAGACCGGAUUUGGAUUUAGGAUUCUGGGUGGCAAUGAACCAGGGGAACCUAUUUAUAUCGGUCACAUCGUACCACUGGGUGCUGCUGAUACGGACGGCCGUCUGAGGUCUGGGGAUGAAUUAAUCUGUGUGGAUGGGACACCAGUCAUUGGAAAAUCACACCAGCUUGUGGUCCAGCUUAUGCAACAAGCCGCCAAGCAAGGCCACGUCAAUCUGACAGUGCGGCGUAAAGUGGUGUUUGCUGCCCCCAAAACCGAGAAUGAGGUGCCCUCGCCAGCCUCAUCCCAUCACAGUAGCAACCAGCCAGCCUCGCUGACGGAGGAGAAGCGGACCCCGCAGGGCAGCCAGAACUCGCUGAACACGGUGAGCUCGGGCAGUGGCAGCACCAGUGGCAUCGGCAGUGGCGGCGGCGGCGGCAGCGGUGUGGUCAGCACCGUGGUCCAGCCCUACGACGUGGAGAUCCGGCGCGGCGAGAACGAGGGCUUCGGCUUUGUCAUCGUGUCGUCGGUGAGCAGGCCCGAGGCCGGCACGACGUUCGGUCGGAUUAUUGAGGGGAGCCCUGCUGACCGAUGCGGCAAGCUGAAAGUAGGAGACCGGAUCUUGGCAGUAAAUGGAUGUUCCAUCACCAACAAAUCCCACUCUGACAUUGUCAACCUCAUCAAGGAAGCGGGCAACACAGUCACCCUCCGCAUCAUCCCUGGGGAUGAGUCUUCGAAUGCCACUCUGCUGACCAAUGCAGAGAAGAUAGCCACCAUCACCACCACACACACCCCUUCGCAGCAAGGAGCCCAGGAGACCAGGAACACCACCAAACCAAAGCCAGAAUCUCAGUUUGAAUUCAAAGCACCCCAGGCAACACAGGAGCAAGAUUUUUACACUGUGGAGCUGGAAAGAGGAGCCAAGGGAUUUGGUUUCAGUCUUCGAGGCGGUCGAGAGUAUAACAUGGACCUCUACGUUCUGCGCUUAGCAGAGGAUGGUCCUGCGGAAAGGUGUGGGAAGAUGAAGGUUGGUGAUGAGAUUUUAGAGAUCAAUGGUGAGACCACCAAAAACAUGAAGCAUUCUCGGGCUAUAGAACUGAUUAAGAAUGGUGGCCGCAGAGUGCGUCUGUUUCUGAAGCGGGGAGACGGCUCGGUCCCAGAAUAUGACCCCAGCAGCGACGGGAACGGCCCCCCCACCGGUCCACAAGGUGUUCCGGAAAUGAGGGCUGGGCCCCCUGACCACCGACAGCAUCCAUCAUUGGAGUCCAGUUACCCACCCGAUCUUCACAAAUCAUCACCACAUGGGGAAAAGCGGGCACACGUGAGAGAUCCCAAAGGCAGCAGAGAGUAUAGCAGACAACCCAAUGAACAUCACACAUGGAAUGGAACUUCUAGAAAACCCGACAGUGGGGCUUGCCGACCCAAAGACCGGGCACCCGAGGGACGAAGAGACGCCCAACCCGAGCGGAUGGUGACCAAUGGCCCCAAGAGGAGGUCUCCGGAGAAGCGGAGGGAAGGCACGCGCAGCGCUGACAACACUUUGGAGAGAAGGGAGAAGCAGGAGAAAAGGAAGGAGGUUUCCCCGGAGAGGAGGCGAGAGCGGUCCCCGACCCGCCGGAGGGACGGCUCUCCAGGCCGGCGGCGGCGGUCUCUGGAGAGACUCUUGGAUCAGAGAAGAUCGCCCGAGCGCAAGAGAGGAAGCUCGCCCGAAAGGAGAGCCAAAUCCACCGACCGGAGGCGGACCAAGUCCCCUGAGCGGAGGAGAGAGCGGUCCCUGGAGAAAAGAAACAAAGAGGACAGAGGCAGCCACCGGGAGAGGGACGAGACGAGUCUAAGACAGGACGCCGGCCGGAGUUCCAGACAUCCCCCGGAGCAGCGAAGAAGACCUUACAAAGAAUGUAGCACCGACCUCAGUAUCUGAGAGCCUGCGUCACAUUUCCAGCCUUUACCAUGUCAAAGGUUCGAAGAGGAAGCUCACAAACCUGAAAUCAUUUUAGUUUCUUACCUAAUGAAGCAUCUGACGUCAGCCUGAUGAUCCUCUGACUAGCGACAUUUGAUGCAUUUGAAAUCUUAUAAGAAAAAAAUAUAUAUAUGAAAAGUGUUGUGCCUGAUGUAUCAUAUUAAAGAAAGUAUUUUUAAAUGCAUACUUUUUUGGGAAAUUAUUUGCUAAAUGCUUCCCCCAAAGGGAUAUAAAUUUUGUUUCUACAUAAACUGUAGAAUUGUUAAGAAUUGUUCCCUUUGGGGGGGGGUGUGAUCUUUUUCUCUCCUGGUUAAAUGGGGCUGUUGAUCAUUUUCUCUAAGUAAGGAAAAUUAUUGAUCAAAUUUAAUUAAUUUGAUGGAGACUGUUAUGUACUGAUGUAGUGCUGUAGUUUAGGAGUUUGGUGGGUUGGUUUUUUUUUUUUUUUUUUUUAAUAAAAAAAGCAAAAAGGCAAAAGUUAUAUUUGUAAAAGCUGAGGACUCUUUGGAAUGAAUGAGGAUUGCUGAUGAUCCUAAAGUUAAGCAAACUGUAUGAAGAGACUACUGUUGCAAAUGAAGGAUAUUUAUAGCUAAAGGACACAGCACAAAGCACAAAGAAAUAUUAUGUUCUCAAGUUAUUGUCUGUUCAGAAAACAGUUUGUACUCUCCUUAGCUAUAGAAAGGUGCAGAGAGGAGAAGUUUGGUCACCAUUACCUAAAUGCAGCCCAAACACAGAUGGUCAGGUUCAUUAGCAUCACCAACAUUGAAUGAGAAUCUCAUUAAGGCAGUGCCAUGAAAGUUUUGCUCAACUACUAGAAGGAAUGCACAGCAAACACCUUUGGUGUUGUCUUGACUGAUUUGAGACUGAAUAGUAGACUGCAUGGGAGACAAUGUGCCGGUGUGAGGAGCCCUAAGAAUCACUAGUACAGAAAGCUAAGUUUCCCCUUUUUAUCAUGAGCCUGUGGUUGCCCUUUGUCAAAUUGGGGAGAAGGGAGUAAGCCUUGGUAGAAGGAACUUCUCUGUUGAUAUUUAAAGAAAUGAGGGUUGGGCAUGCUCAUUCUUAGAAAUGCCAGUUUUCUUUGGAACCAUAAUAAAAAUCUCCAAAAUGGUUGAAAGAGAAGGAUUCGAUUUCAUUGGUUCUAGACCUGGUUGACAAACAUCUGCACUUAUGACCCUGUCCUUUGAAUCUUUGGACAGAACAAACUAUAGAAAUUUUUCUUUAAUAGAAGACAUUCUUUUGCUAUCUCACAGGAGGUUUGGUUGGGUCGGCUAUAGCCCCGGGUUGUGGUUGAAAUGAAUUACUGCCUAGCUGAGCCAAAACCCUUGCUUGUACCUGUUGGACCACUACAACCAAUCGCUGCUUAUGAUGCAUUGCGUAUUUCCGUAGUACUGUUUUGCAUUUUCCAUACAGACACAAAACUUUGCAAGUCAAUCACUGUUGUUCUCAUGGUACUGUUUUAAAAAAAAAAAAAAGGAUAAAGAAAAAAAAUGGAGAAAACCAGCCAAUUAUCUUAUGUACAGAGUUUAAAAUUGUAAUUAAUAGAGCCUGUUUUAAAAACAAACAACUGUUGCCUUUUUUUCUUGUAUAAAAGAGAAUUUAUGACAAAAAAAUUAGCUGUGAGGAAUGUGACAUGUGUUUAUAUUUCUGAAUAUGGAACAAAUUGAUUCAUUGGGAUAUAUUUUACUGUAAACUAAAUCAGGUAUGUAAAGCUGUUUUAAAAAUGGGAGACUAUAUAAGUAAUUCUCUAAAGCUUUAGUUGGUUUGAGUAUCAUCAUUUCCUCCAUGGUGAGCCUGCUUGUGAAUUAUUAAGCACUUGUUUGCAUUUCUGUUCUUCAUUCAUUUCUUGCAGUGUGCUGUGGACUUGAUGCUCUUUCUGUAUUGAUGAAAAGCAGUAUGUGGGCCAAUCUUUUUAUAAAACACUAUGCAUAUAUAAAUAUUACAUUGUUCAUAGCUUUAUUUGACUUAUGGGUUUAUACAACAUUACAAUGAGUAGCUGUCCUUCUGUGGAUAAGCACAAACCAAGUUCAUUUCCUGGAACAGACACAAUGUACAUUCUAUAGCUAAAACAGAGGAAAAAGUCUGAGACUGCUAUUUUUAUCUUCAGAGUUUUCCAUACAGAGCAUACAUUGAGCUACAGUAGUAUGGUGAGGGAGAACACAACUGAAUAAUGAUGUUCUUUUUUCAUCAAUUUCCUAAGAGCCAACUAGGGAUUUUAUUCCUAAGGCUCCACUGCUAGGAAUUCUCCCACUUAUUCUAGCCAAAUCCAUGAUGUUAAAUGAUCGAUGCUCUCAAUUGUGGUCCAGAGUUUUAAAUAAAUGAAAUCAAGAGGUGGGUUUUUGGAGUGGAUCAUGAAGUUAACAUCUCAGUGUCUUUCUUGUUGUCAGAGAUGUUUGACAUGUUAAAAUCUAUGUGCUACCCACCUGGGCUUGGCUUUAUCCGUGAAGACUUUUAGCGUGGCAGUGUCAUCUGAGUUUCAUACUUUGAAAAUAUCGUACUGUACAGGGCCUAUACACUAAGCAGAAAGAUAGAGUUUUCUCUGAACUACUGUAACCUUAAAUUGGAGACUGAUUCUUUUGAGCCUACUUUCCCUAGUUCCCCACUUCAUGUAAAUGUCUUGAUGAGAGAUGAUAUGAAUGAGUAUUUUGUAUGAUGAAAUCAAACCCUUUAGGAACUCCCCUCCCACCCAUGAGACAGUUGAUGCCUGAAAGAAUGUCGUGGGGAGGACUUAACACCCUACUUGUAUUUUUUAAGUUUCUUUUGUGAAAGAUUUUUUAAUGCAUUUUUACUGUAAAAAUACAUGGAAAUGUAUGCAUUCCAUAACCACGA